AUGGAGCCUGUGAUAGCCACCAAUUCAACUCACCCAUCAUCCACUACCACCAGGCUGCCACCAAAAAGAUGGAGUCUUGACAGCUGGAAAUCGAAACAGGCCUGGCAACUCCCUGAAUAUCCAGAUAAAGAUAGCCUUGAAAGUGUCCUUGAGACAAUUGAAUCCUUCCCUCCCAUUGUGUUUGCAGGUGAGGCUCGGAGCCUUGAGGAAAAGCUCGGCCAGGCCGCACUUGGCAAUGCUUUCCUCCUGCAGGGCGGGGACUGUGCUGAGAGUUUCAAAGAAUUCAAUGUUGAUAAAGUUAGGGACACUUUCAUAGUCCUCUUGAAAAUGAGCGUUGUCCUCCUUUUUGGUGGCCAGGUGCCUGUUAUAAAGGUCUCUCAUUCCCUCUUUUAA